AUUCCUCCACAUUGGAUCAACACCAUUUGAUCCUUUUUAUCAAAGAUUCAUUUUUUUUUUCACUUACCCUCCAAUUACAUCUUCAUAAACAACAUUUUAGUGACAGUAGCACCAACACACCCCACUAGAAUUUUCUUGAAGUAAACCCCUUUUUUCAAGAAUCAAGAAACCACUUAUAAAAUUUGUGGGUUUUCAUUGAAACAAAGGAAAAAAAACAGUUGAAUUGACUAAUCAUGGCUUUGUGUGCUUAUGCAUUUCCUGGGAUUUUGAACAGGACUGGUGUGGUUUCAGAUUCUUCUAAGGCAACCCCUUUGUUCUCUGGAUGGAUUCAUGGAACAGAUCUGCAGUUUUUGUUCCAACACAAGCUUACUCAUGAGGUCAAGAAAAGGUCACGUGUGGUUCAGGCUUCCUUAUCAGAAUCUGGAGAAUACUACACACAGAGACCGCCAACGCCUAUUUUGGACACUGUGAACUAUCCCAUUCAUAUGAAAAAUCUGUCUCUGAAGGAACUUAAACAACUAGCAGAUGAACUAAGGUCAGAUACAAUUUUCAAUGUAUCAAAGACUGGGGGUCACCUUGGCUCAAGUCUUGGUGUUGUUGAGCUGACUGUUGCUCUUCAUUAUGUCUUCAAUGCACCGCAAGAUAGGAUUCUCUGGGAUGUUGGUCAUCAGUCUUAUCCUCACAAAAUCUUGACUGGUAGAAGGGACAAGAUGUCGACAUUAAGGCAGACAGAUGGUCUUGCAGGAUUUACUAAGCGAUCGGAGAGUGAAUAUGAUUGCUUUGGCACCGGCCACAGUUCCACCACCAUCUCAGCAGGCCUAGGGAUGGCUGUUGGUAGAGAUCUAAAAGGAAGAAACAACAAUGUUAUUGCCGUAAUAGGUGAUGGUGCCAUGACAGCAGGUCAAGCUUAUGAAGCCAUGAAUAAUGCUGGUUACCUGGACUCUGACAUGAUUGUUAUCUUAAACGACAAUAGACAAGUUUCUUUACCUACUGCUACUCUGGAUGGGCCAGUUGCUCCUGUUGGAGCUCUAAGUAGUGCUUUGAGCAGGUUACAGUCUAAUAGGCCUCUCAGAGAACUAAGAGAAGUCGCAAAGGGAGUUACUAAGCAGAUUGGUGGUCCUAUGCAUGAGCUUGCUGCAAAAGUUGAUGAAUAUGCUCGUGGCAUGAUUAGUGGUUCUGGAUCAACAUUGUUUGAAGAACUUGGACUUUACUAUAUUGGUCCUGUGGAUGGUCACAACAUUGAUGAUCUAAUUGCGAUUCUCAAAGAGGUUAGAAGUACUAAAACAACAGGUCCAGUACUGAUCCAUGUUGUCACUGAGAAAGGCAGAGGUUAUCCAUAUGCUGAGAGAGCUGCAGAUAAGUAUCAUGGAGUUGCCAAGUUUGAUCCAGCAACAGGAAAGCAAUUCAAAGCCAGUGCCAAGACACAGUCCUAUACAACAUAUUUUGCCGAGGCUUUAAUUGCAGAAGCAGAAGCAGAUAAAGACAUUGUUGCAAUCCAUGCUGCCAUGGGGGGUGGGACCGGAAUGAACCUUUUCCAUCGUCGCUUCCCAACAAGGUGUUUUGAUGUUGGAAUAGCAGAACAACAUGCAGUAACCUUUGCUGCUGGAUUGGCUUGUGAAGGCAUUAAACCUUUCUGUGCAAUCUAUUCGUCUUUCAUGCAGAGGGCUUAUGACCAGGUAGUGCAUGACGUUGAUUUGCAAAAGCUGCCCGUGAGGUUUGCAAUGGACAGAGCAGGUCUUGUUGGAGCAGAUGGUCCAACACAUUGUGGUGCAUUUGAUGUUACUUACAUGGCAUGUCUUCCUAACAUGGUUGUAAUGGCUCCUUCUGAUGAAGCGGAGCUAUUUCACAUGGUAGCAACUGCUGCCGCCAUUGAUGACAGACCAAGUUGUUUUAGAUACCCAAGAGGAAAUGGGAUCGGUGUAGAGCUUCCGGCUGGAAACAAAGGAAUUCCUCUUGAGGUUGGUAAAGGUAGGAUAUUGAUUGAGGGGGAGAGAGUGGCUCUAUUGGGAUAUGGCUCAGCAGUGCAGAACUGUUUGGAUGCUGCUAUUGUGCUAGAAUCCCGCGGCUUACAAGUAACAGUUGCAGAUGCACGUUUCUGCAAACCACUGGACCAUGCCCUCAUAAGGAGCCUUGCAAAAUCACAUGAGGUGCUAAUCACUGUCGAAGAAGGAUCAAUUGGAGGUUUUGGAUCUCAUGUUGUUCAGUUCAUGGCCUUAGAUGGGCUUCUUGAUGGCAAGUUGAAGUGGAGACCAAUAGUUCUUCCUGAUCGAUACAUUGACCAUGGAUCUCCUGUUGAUCAGUUGGCGGAAGCUGGCCUAACACCAUCUCACAUUGCAGCAACAGUAUUUAACAUACUUGGACAAACCAGAGAGGCUCUAGAGGUCAUGACAUAAGAUGGAAGAAGCGUAGAAAGAUAUAUAGUAUAUUGUAAAAUAUAGUUUUAGGUCAUGACAUAAGCAGAUUAACAUAUACUUUAUCCUCCAAAAUAUGUUUAAAGUUUCCAUGGCUGAGUUCAAGCCCUCCUCUUAGUCUCCACCAUGACUUAUGAUUAACUCAUAUGGUUUCUGAUUGUGUAACCGGUUCUUGAUUUUUCGAGUUAUGAAGAUGAAUGAAAAUGAAAGAUUUUACUUU